CAGUUGAAGAAGAAGAUGUACUGGGGCGUGGCGCGAGCUUCACUGCGAUCAUCAUGCGCACAUCAUAACAGAGCUAUCAUAUGAAGACAAGUGACUCGGUUUUGUUUAAUGAUAUUAAUUACAGUUCAGGUGCAGUUGUUGUUCACGUCAAUACGAGUUAGACCAACUCUGUGACGUAUUUAUACAAGUUAAAUACAUUUCGUUCGUUACUUAAGCACUGUUUUAAUUAGCAUUGGUUCCUUUGGCUAGUGUUGAAUGCUAAUAUUAGCUAGCUAACUGGUUCAUAGCUCAAAACUAACGUUAGCCUCUGUCACAAAGUCUGUCAGAAUGGCCUUAUCGGACACAGACAAUGGGUGUUCCGGUGGUGGAGAAGGAGAGUCUAUUGUAAAACUGUGUGUGUUGGGGGGCUUCAGUGAGAGCAGCGAGACUAGAGCUCUCAUCUCCAGCCUGCCGGAGAUCCACGGGGACAUGGUGACAAGCGAGUCCGCCUCAGAGAGGUUCUUAGAGAUAAUGAAUGGAUAUCAAGAGCAGCCUCAUCUCCUGGACCCACACUUAGAAUGGAUGCUGAACAUGAUUCUGGAGUUUGUAAGGAGUGAGAAGUCUCCCCCUUCAUUGGUUCAUUUGAGCUUCAAGUUUCUCUACAUCAUCUGUAAGGUCAGAGGCUAUAAAAUCUUCAUGCAGCUUCUGCCCCAUGAGGUGGCAGAUGUCCAGCCAGUUCUGGACCUGCUGUCCAGGCAAGAUCCCAAAGACACUGAGACUUGGGAAACUCGCUACAUGUUGUUGUUGUGGCUGUCCAUGACCUGCCUCAUACCCUUUGACCUUUAUCGUCUGGAUGGUCAUCUGGAGUCAGACGGAGGCAAGCCCCGAGAGCCCACCAUGGACCGUAUUCUAGCUAUUGCAAAGUCUUAUCUGCUCGUUGGUGAUAGUCCCAGAGAUGCUGCAUCUGUACUGGUGUCAAAGUUCAUGACACGCCCUGAUGUCAAACAGAAGCGCCUUGGAGACUUUUUGGACUGGAGCUUGACCACUAUAUCCCAGACUAACGACCAGUCAUUGAGAGACAUCGUGAUGCUGGAUGGUGCCCUGCAGUCUCUGGCGAAGCUUUUCAAACAUGGAAAAAGAGACGACCUCCUGCAGUACGCUCCUACAAUUAUGCAGUGUCUGGCGCAGAAACAUCUUUCAGAGAGCAGCCAGGCCAUGCUGAGGAAGCACGGUGUCAAACUAACCCAGAGGCUUGGCCUCACCUUCCUCAAGCCCCGUUUGGCUGCUUGGAGGUACCAGAGAGGCAACCGCUCCCUGGCAGCAAACCUUUCCGUGUCCCUGUCUACAUCCGUCGCGACUCCUGAAGUUGAGACGCAAGAGUUGGAGGAGGACUACGAUAUUCCUGAGGAAGUGGAGACUGUUAUUGAGUAUCUGCUGAAUGGACUGAAAGACAAGGAAACGAUUGUGCGCUGGUCUGCAGCGAAGGGCAUUGGGAGGGUGACUGGGAGGCUUCCCAAGGAGCUGGCAGAUGAGGUGGUUGGAUCAGUGCUGGACUGCUUCAGCUUCCAGGAAACGGACAAUGCUUGGCAUGGAGGCUGCCUGGCACUGGCAGAACUCGGGAGAAGAGGCCUGCUGCUGCCUUCCAGGCUGACUGACGUUGUGCCACUCAUUGUCAAAUCUCUGACCUACGAGGAAAAGAGGGGAGCAUGCAGCGUUGGUUCCAAUGUGCGUGACGCUGCCUGCUACGUGAGCUGGUCUUUCGCCAGGGCUUAUGAACCCAAAGAUCUCGAGCCUUAUGUCACGCAGAUCUCCAGCGCUUUGCUGAUUACAGCUGUGUUUGACCGGAAUGUCAACUGCCGCAGAGCUGCCUCUGCUGCCUUCCAGGAGAAUGUCGGCAGACAGGGGACGUUUCCUCAUGGCAUUGACAUCGUGACUGCAGCAGACUACUUUGCUGUCGGGAAUCUCAACAACUGCUAUCUGAGCAUCAAUGUCUAUAUAGCUAGCUUCCCAGAGUACACCAAGGCCAUGAUAGAUCACUUGAUAGCCAUGAAGAUCAACCACUGGGAUGGUGUGAUCCGAGAGCUCGCCACGAAAGCACUUCACAACCUGACGCCCCAAGCACCUGAAUAUAUGGCAACAACAGUUUUGCCACAGCUGUUGCCCAUGGCCGUGGGUAUUGACCUCCACGGUCGCCAUGGAGCCAUCCUGGCAUGUGCAGAGAUUACACACGCUCUGUACAAACUGGGCCUUCAGACCAACAGGGCUGUGGUGGACAUUAUUUCUUCAGAAUGUGUGGACGCUUUAAAGAACAUUCACCAGAUGCUGAAUGACAGAAAGCAGUACAGGGGUUUCGGCGGAGAGCUAAUGAGGCCAUCAAUGUGCUGUCUUAUUGAAAAGCUCUCCUUGUCCAAAAUGCCUUUUAAGAACGACCCUGUAAUCGCUGGCUGGCAGUGGCUUAUUGACGACACCGUAAAGAGCCUUCAUCUUCUGUCUAGUGGUGUGAAGGAUAGCGUCGUGGUUGCCGUGGUAUCGGCCCUGUCCGCUCUGUGUGAGGAGUACUACCAGGCCGAGCCGGGCCGGGCCGACUCACAAAUGCAGGAUGUCCUGGUGUCUCACUACAUUGAAGGGCUGAAGAGUCCGCAGAUGCUCACUCGUUGUGGAUCUGCCCUGGCCCUCGGCUGUCUGCCAAGAUUUAUGAUCCAUAGCAAACUGAAGCAGAUCCUUGAAGGCCUGCUGCAGAUGUGCACUGUCAGCCAGAAGGAGGGCAGAUUUACAGAGGCGAGGAGAGAUGCGAUCAGAGCACUUGCUCAAGUGUGUGUGACGGUGGGUGUUUGUGCCCACGGCUCCCCGGACUCUGCUCUAUGCUCGGAGAAUGUCGCAGAGGUGUAUGGCGUUCUGCUCAACAGCAUGAAUGACUACACGACAGACAGCAGAGGGGACGUAGGUGCUUGGGUGAGAGAGGCAGCGAUGACCAGUCUCAUGGAUGUGACGAUGCUGGUGGCCAGCAAUGCUCCGGAGAUCCUUUUGCCAGACCUGGUGAAGUGUAUGAUGUGCUGCCUGGCCCAGCAGUCGGCAGAGAAGAUCGACCGCUACAGAGUCGUCGCUGGCAACAUCUUCCUGCUCAUCCUCCACAGCAAAGAGCCUGCAGUACCGCACAUCCCCCACCGGGAGGAGCUGCUGAGCAUUUUUCCUUUUGAGACCACAACCAGUCUGAACUGGAAUGCUCCAUCCCAAGCUUUCCAGUACAUCACCCAGCUGCUGGGACUGCCCCAGUAUCAGUACCACACCCUGCUGGGCCUCACGGUGUCUGUGGGAGGGAUCACAGAGUCCACAGUGCAUUUUUCCUCCCAGUCGUUGUUUGAAUAUCUGAGAGGGAUCCAGGAGAACAGAGCCGCUCUGACGCAGUUUGGAGAUACGUUGCUGAGCAUCUUCAGAGACAAUCUCUGCAAUGACAAGGUGUCUAUUCCUUUUCUUAAGAUGCUCAAUCAGAUGCUUGCCAACAGCUGCUUUGAAAUCUUCACCACACAAGAGAAUCAUCAGUUCUGCGUGGACCUUUUGACUCUUUGCAAAGAAUUCAAGAAGUCCAACAAUAUUUCCAAGUUGCGCGUUUGUGUAUCUGUCUUCUGUGGGCUGAUCCAGUUCCAAGGUGAUGUGAGGAAGAACGUUUUGUCGCAGCUGCUGAUACUACUCUGCCAUUCCUUCCCUGUGAUCAGAAAGGCGACGGCCGGCCAAAUGUACGAGAUGCUGCUGACCUACGAUGAUGUCAUAGAUCCAGAAGUGUUGGACGAUGUCAUGACCCUGCUGAGCGAUACCAACUGGGAGAGCGACCUUCAAACACUGCGGACCCACAGGAAUCAGCUUUGUGAUUGGCUGAGAGUCUCCAGGCCACGGGUGGUUACCAAGCAGAGGCCGGUCCAGGUUUCCUGAUCACCGGCUGCAAAUCACGUAGGAGGACAACAUGCUGUAAGGAUUAUUAAUGGAGCUGCUGCACUGUAACCGUUUUCUGUCCAUCGGCCAAAAAAACAGCGCAUGUAAUGAAUCACAGUGUGUUAGUUCUACAUGAUAAAUAAAUGGAGCAAAAACAUCAGCUAUUUCCCGUGCUUUGUUAUUACUAGUGCAGCGCACGUUCAAAAGCUGCCUGUUUGGAACGAGCCGAUUGCUUUGCCUCAGGUCGCAGCUUUCUCAAGAACCACUCAUCCAAACCUCUUCACACUCGACACUGCGCUUCAUUGGAUGCUCAGCGUUACACCCGCCAAGUGUGAAGUCAAUUGGACAAGGUGGGGGGGGGGUUGCUAUAGACUCUCGUUGUCGGCCGUUUUGACAUCCGUUUUUAAUGAUAAUAAUAUACAGGAAAAGCUGAUAGAUUCUGCAUUUAUAAGGUGCGGUCUCGCUUCAUGUUUCAAUGAUCCCUUGUACUCGACGAUGUUUCGGCCCUUUGGUCCUUGCCUGGUGAAGGUCUGAACAAAAUGGGUGUUUUAAGAACGCGUCAUGAAUCUUGACGUAGACUUUAAUUAGCAAAUAAUGUGAAAAUAAUAAAAGUGUGCUCAAACUUG